AUGAUGCUUAUAGAGGUCAUGGCUGUCUUUGAAUGUGUGAAUAUAGAGGAUGAACAUAGACUCAAGAAGAAGGGUGAAGUAGAGGUACAAGGUGUGAAGGCUAGGAUUAUCAAUCCUAAGGAUGCUAUCGUCAAAGGUUACAUGAACUUUGAUGGUGACAUAAUGAAGAAGGCUAUGGGUUUGGAGAUAGUACCUUCCAGGAUACUAGUCAUGACUAACUUUGCUGGUAGUGUUGAGGAACUGUUAGAUGAUAUCAACUACAGUGACCUAAUGGAUGAUAUCAAAGUGGAGUGUAAGUCGAUAACUGCUGGUGCAGAUGUCCGUAGCAUCAUUAUUCCUCGUCCCGAAUCCACAAUGCAACCAGCCAAUGGUAAUGAUGUGGAUACACCUGUUGGGCAGCAACCACCCAAUGGGGAUAUUAAUCAUCAUGACUCGGCUACGAUGGAGGAUGACGCCGGUGACCAAAGG